GGUGUUUUUUAUCGUCUCCUCAUUUCGCCGCUAACAUCUCCCUCUACAGUGAGUCAAAGGGAGGACGAUGAUGAAGGCUUCCGUCAAAGGCAAGUACGAUGGCGGCAAGAGCACCGGAGUAGGCUCAGUGGCCUUCAACGCCGGCGAUAUUAAGCUACGCGCCACCAUGACCGAUGCUACCUUCGUCGCUGGUCCAAGCUUGAACGGCCUCUCUCUGGCCGUGGAGAAGCCUGGUUUCUUCAUCGUCGAGUAUAAUGUCCCUAAGAAAGAUGUUAGGUUUCAGUUCAUGAACACGGUGAGGGUUGCCGAGAAGCCGUUGAAUCUGACUUACAUUCAUAGCAGAGCUGAUAACAGAACAAUUGUGGAUGGGAGCCUUUUGAUUGAUCCUGCGAACAAAGUCUCUGCUAAUUACAUGGUGGGGACAAACAACUGUAAGCUUAAGUACACUUAUGCACGCGGAAAGAUUGCUACAUUCGAGCCUUGCUAUGACUUUGCCAAGAAUGCUUGGGAUUUUGCGGUUUCUAAGAGAGUCUAUGGGGAUGAGGAUGUUGUCAAGGCCACUUAUCAAACGUCUACUAAGUUGCUUGGUGUGGAAUGGUCAAGGAACUCCAAAUCCACUGGAUCUUUCAAGGUAUGUGCGUCUGUGAAUUUGGCGGAGGAAGUGAAAACGCCGAAAUUGACAGCAGAAACAACAUGGAACCUUGAAAUUUAAUGUCCUUUACGAUUAUUCAAGUUCCCACCUGAAUUGUUUGCUUGUUACAACCGAUUUUAAUUAGACCUUUUUUCCAACCUUAUCCGUUGUAACAGAUUCCGCCCUUAGCCAGUCUCAUGUGUCUGUUAUUUUUGUCUCUCCCUCUUGAAAAAUAAUGUGUUCCAAGGGAAAAAUGUACCCUAAACUCCCUUUUAAAUGUAAUGAAAAUCUGCAAAUGGUUCUUAAAAAUC